AUGAGGAGCUGCUUCUGCCUGCGCCGGGGCCGCGACCCGCCGCCCGCCGCACGGGCAACAGAGCAGUCCAUGAUGCCUGAGGUGCGAGACCUCUCGGAUGCCUUGCCCGAGCUGCCGAUGGAUCCCAUCACCGGCGUCGGCGUGCUGGCAUCCCGCAGCCGAGCACCCACUGGAUACGAUGUUGUUGCACAAACAGCAGAUGGCUUGGAUGCUGACCUGUGGAAAGAUGGCUUGUUUAAAUCCAAGGUCACACGGUACCUGUGCUUCACCAGAUCAUUUUCGAAAGAGAAUAGUCAUUUAGGCAACGUCUUGGUCGACAUGAAGCUCAUUGAUAUCAAGGACACUUUACCUGUAGGCUUCAUGCCCAUCCAGGAGACCAUUGAUACACAAGAAGUAGCUUUCAGAAAGAAGAGGCUGUGCAUUAAAUUCAUCCCUCGAGAUUCUACAGAGGCAGCGAUCUGCGAUAUCCGAAUCCUGGGGAGGUCCAAGCAAGCCCCUCCUCAGUACACGUUCAUUGGGGAGCUGAACAGCAUGGGUAUCUGGUAUCGGAUGGGCAGAGUGCCGCGCAACCACGACUCCACGCAGCCUGCGGCUCCUCCCGCCCAAGCACCGGCUUCAACGCCCGCUCCCAACCUGCCAAGGCACAUCUCGCUGACGCUGCCAGCCAGCUUUCGGGGCAAGAGCCACAGCAGCCGCCUGGACCUGGAGCACCAGCACUCCAACCUGUACGCCAUCUCAGCAAUGGAUGGAGUGCCUUUUAUGAUUUCGGAGAAGUUUGCCUGUGCUCCUGAAGGGAUGCAGCCAGUUGAUCUCUUGGGUAUCACAAUCAAAACCCUUGCAGAAAUUGAAAAGGAGUACGACUACAGCUUCCGGACGGAGCAGAGCGCGGCAGCCCGCCUGCCGCCCAGCCCCACCCGCUGCCCGCCGGUGCCGCCGUCCUGAGGGCCACGGCCGGAGCGUGUGUGCGUGCAUACUACUGAGCAGGACAUGGGACACGGCCAUGGAACCAUCCCGGCGCCUCCCCGUGUCCGGCCCCCGGCGCCACGCCGCGCUGCACUGCCCCUGCACACACCGCUCCACCGCGGGCACCGCGGCCCCCGGGCAGCUGCCCCCACCCCGCCGCAGACCCCUCUCCACGUGAGUACAGGACUGAGGACUGGGAGCCUGACGCAACCCCUUGCUCAUCCCCACUUUGUAACCCUGCUGCAGGACAGUCACAGAAUCCAGAGCUGUAGCAAACCUCUGCGAACACAGCUGGGAGCUUGCAGAGCAUGGAGAGAUCUUAUCCCUGAAAGGAGCAGUGGAAGGCACGGCUGGGUAUUGCCACACAGGCUGCCGUGGAGCUGUUUGGCUCUCCACACCUUGCAGCAGGAGGCUCCUGCGGCACCCAGGCCAGUGCAGAACUCAGCUGCAGUGAAUGCCAAUCCCUCUGCCACAGUCUGGGCACAGAAGUUCUACUGUGGCUGGGGUCAGUCUCAGAUCCACUGUGGUCACUGAAUUUGCUUAGGCUGAGGGAGCCAGGGCCCCUGGCUCUCCCUGGGCACUGGCAGGGUGCCCAAGGUGCACUGCCGGUCCUGAGAUGGAGCGCCUUCACUUUGCACAGGGUGUCCAUCUGUCCAUACGAUCUAGGGCAGCAAGCCUCCUGUGUUUCUGGAUGGAUGGAUGCUGGCAGCGACACCCUGGCAGUGCCCCACUGACCCCGGGCAAGCUGCCUGUGAACCUGCUGACAACUGGGAUGCCAUCACCUGCCCAUCACUGAGGCAGUUCUCUAACAUGUUCCCUGCUAGCUGCUAAAACAAAAGAGAUGUGCCUGUUUCCUGGGCAUUCAUGGGGAAGCACUGAAGACUGACAUGGCACAGGAUGAGAGCGGGAUGCAUUAAACCCUGACCUCUGCCUCUCUGUGAUCGCUGACCAGGCUUGCUCCCAAGCCAAGCACAUGUCUUGGAGAAGUCCAUUGCUGUAAUAAGUUAUUUACAAGUGCCCAUCUGACUCUGUGCUGCUCUUUCAAGUCUCUGCUGUAGAACAAACAUACAUCAUAGCAGCAAAAUGGCAAUUUUGGAGUAAGAGUUAAAAUGUACAAUUUUUUGUAUUGUAAAAUACUGAUUCCCUGACCCCACUGAAAUGCAAUUGCCAUGGUAACAGUAACAGUGCUGUUGCUCUCAGCCUGGGUCGUACAUGUGCCCCAACCUACUUUGCACUCCCUUGGAUUGAUCUGGCAUUUGCUAGUUGCACAGAGUGGUAACUAACAGCAGUAUUUGUACUGUCAGCUAAUAUUUUUUAUUUGUACAUAAGUAAAAUAAUUCUUGUCCAAAGAUUCAUUUCUGGUUUUAAGGCACCACACUGUACUGUUGGGAUAAAGAGCACAAAAUACAUUUGGGACAAACUGGGUCCAGAUCUUUGCUUCAGCUUCUUCCGAUCAGGUAAAUAAUUUUCUGGAGCUGUGUCUGUAGAGUGGCCAUGUGGUUGGAGAGCAGAGGCCAGUUUGGUUGCAUGUACAUUGUUCCUGGGCAAAAGACUUAAAGCUGUGCAUCAGCUCUGGAGCCCUUGGGUGACCCCCUGGAAGUGCUCGUUUACUUGGAGCUUGCACCACCAUUUUUAGUUGUUAUUUAUCCUGCAGUAAAGAAAAGCCAGACCUCACUGCCAGGCUUCACAAAGGCCAGAUUGAUGAUGCCGACGUCGACAAAUGAACAUACCAUGGCAGCUUGGUCAUUCGGCUCAGGUUCACUUCAAGUUCAAAUCCACUCUAUGCCGUAGUGCUGUGCCCAUCUCAUCCAUCUUUUGUCUUUCUAUUUUUCUGCUUGUAAUUUGUUCUGUAGUUUUCUGUGACAUCCGUUUAUAGCUUCUCCUGUGGCUCAGUGGUCACGGCAGGUAGGCAGGAGCCAUCUGCAGCAGUGCAUUCCUCGUAGCUCUGGGAUGAGAGCUGACCUUCCCUGCUCAUGGUGGAGGAACAAGGGCUGCACAGGGCACAGCACAGUCUGCAGAGCUCCAGGGCAGUGCCUGCCACUGGGAGAUUGAGAGAGAGCUGCCAGGAGCCCCUCCUGGAGCCACCUCUUCCCAGGAGGGCAGAGCUGCCUGCACAGCAGACGGGGCUCAGCAAGGAGCAGGUUCUGAGAGCCACGAGCCCCACACUCGGUGCCACACUCCCUGGAUAUGUCUGGGGAAAUGGGUGCAGAGCUUCAGAUCCCUUAUGUAAGAGAAAAUCAGUGCUUUAGAACUUAUACCAACUGCUAGGUUUGCUCAGCUUGCUCUGCAGUGACCUACAGGAAGCACUGGAUACUUGAAACACUGGCAGGAUACGCAGAUGGGACAGACAUCUACAUCUUCUGGAUAUAUUUGUAUACUUACUUCUCCCUCUCUAACACUGGGCCAGCAAAGCUCCUUCAGGAUUCACCUGCAAAGAGCCUUGAGAGAUGAGCUUGCUCUCCAUGGUGUGGUCCUGCACCACGGCGCUGCAGGGACAGCCUGGUUCAAAUGCACAGACAGGACAGAUGCAGUUCCUGUGGGGCAAACACAGUGAAGGUGUUUUGAACAAAAAGCUGCACCUGCUGAGAGCCAGCUGAGCUCUCAGGCUCUAAAACUAGGCAGUUCCAAAAGGGAAAGGGCUCAGAGCCAGUGCUUGGAAGCACAGCAAGACGCCGUGCAGGGUGGUUGACUGUGUCAACUUCUCAGUCCACUGAUCAGAGGAAGCUUUUUUUAUUGCACUGCUGAAUUCCCGAGACCAGGGCUGUCAGGUCAGCAUUUCCACUGGAAGGUUUUAUUGGCUGCUCCAUGACUUUCGUACUCACAGCAGCUCCUUGCAAGGCUGGUCCUUGCAUCCUUACAGUGAAUCCUCCAUGCUGGCAUGUGCCAUGGCCAGUACCUGCAUCUCUCUGCAUCUCCCUCCCUGUCCGAGAAGUGACUGUGGAAGAAUUGGCCCAGGCAAUAAAUGUCCAGGGUGUCUGAUGUGGAUGUUGUCUGGCUGAGGAGAAGCCUUCUGGAGCAUAAGGGGAGGAGUCAGUGGAAAGCAACAGAAGUGAAUUUGUAGAGCUUUACCAGAUGUUCUUGGCUAUCUUGCCUGAAUUUGUAGAACAAAACUGGUCUCUAGGUAGUUUAAUCUUGUGGCUGAUGGAGAAGUUAGUUUGCCAAAUUAUUAUACAUCUGCAACAGAGACAGAAAAGCAGCAGUGAGGGGUUUGCUUACUGUAAAAUAUGCCUUCUGAUGUGAAUUCCUAGUGACACGCUGCCUCCUGGAUUCCUCACGGCAAGAAGCUGGUCAUGUGCCAAGGUGACUUGUGGCCACCCAGGCCAGGCUGUGCUGUCUGCUGUGUUGAUCAUGGGAAGGCAAGAAGUUAGUCCAGAAAGUGAUGUAGAGUGUGAACUUCGUGAUAAAAUUCAAGUGUGAAUAGUUGUAGCAGGUGUCUUCCCUUAUGGGAGCGCCUCGUAUUUGUAGUUCCAUAGGAGUAAACUGUGUCAGACUUUUCCUGUGACUGUCCCUGCGUGUCCCCACAGUGUUUGUUGGGGGUUUCCUGGGAGCCUCCUGUGCUGUGGGAGGUUGUUGGUAGUCUGUAGCAUUGGGCUUGUUUGGUUUCACACCCACCACUGCUCCCUCAGUGUCCUGAGCUCUCCAGACUGAACCCACAUGCUGCCGAGCCUGGAGAAUUCCUGUCAUGGGCACAGCACGUGCCAGGUAGGUGCUAGUGGCCAGGGUGUGCCUCCACAGGCCUUGGCACCUUCUCUUCUGUGGGGCCUGGAAUCUCCUGGCAGGAGGGGAACGGGAUGGAGCUGGCAGUCCCGUGCUGGCCUCACCUCCCCGCUGCUGCCCGGGUGACUCGGGGUCUGUGUCCCCAGCUGUGCCCACGGCAGCCCCAGGAGCCGCAGAGCUGCUCCUGCUCCUCCCAAAGGCAGGAGCCUCGCUACACCAAUGAUUACCUCAGCCUUGGAGCCUUGCCGGGAAUCCUCCAGCAGCAGGGCACACAGGGGGCAGAGCUGCUCCUCUGCUCACGGACAAGCUCUGCGAGGUGCUGCUCCCUUCAUUCACCACAGGGAAACCAAACACUUCGGCUGUUCUGGUCGUUUGUUGUGAAAUUGUUUCCUAACAGCAACAGAUUUAAAUGUCAUCAUACAAAUGGCAGAGAGAAACCUUUUAUGCAGUUGAAGGUGAUUUUCUAAGAUGGUUGGGUUACUGAAAGUGAUUUUACUGUGCAUUAAUCUUAUGAAUGUUACUAUGUUUUAUAUUUAUUUUAGAUGACCCUCCUGUAUUUUACAAAGGGAAGUUUCAUUGUGUGAUAACUCCGUCUGUAUUCUUAAUAUAAUUUGUUAAAUGAAACUUGUUUUAAUCAGAUAA